GUGAAAAACAUGGUUAACCUUAGGUUAAUCCAAAUAAUACAGUUGAUGAGUUGAAAUUGAAAUCUUUAGAGGGUCGAUUUUCUUUGAUUCAACUUGUUAAUGGGUUUCCUUUUUCCGAUAAUCUUUCUCGAUCAGAUGAGAUGUUCCGAUUAAUGAAGGAAUUAAUUUGAUGUUUAAAAUGUUCUUAUGUCAGGGUUUUGAGUGAAGAAGAAAAGAAACCGUUCAUGGAGGAAGCUGAAAGACUUCGAUUGAUUCAUAAAACUGCUCAUCCUGAUUACAAAUAUCAACCUCGAAGACGGAAAAGUGGUAAAACUGAAUCCAAUGAAGGUCCAUCUUCAUCGAAAAGUAAACCAACAUCAUCACCAUCAACCAAUGUUACUACCUGUUCGUCUUCCUUCAACUCAUCUUCAUCUUCAUCCUCGUCCUCCUCUUCAUCAUCACCUGGUUUUAAAUCAAAUGUAUCUUAUGAUGUUGAAACUGAUUUCACUGACCCACCAAAUAAAAGGAGAUUAUCAAAACGAUCAGCCUACAGUGAAACCAGAAAAAGUGCCUUCUAUUAUACAGCCAAUAGCAACAUCAGCAACAAUGAUAAUAAUAAAAACAGUAAAUCAUCAAACCGUUUGCCUCUCUCAAAAUUCACCAGCAACACAAAGAAUUACUGCAACACCAGCAACCCAUCAAGCGAGUCUUCAACACAUAAUAUUGCCACCAACUAUCCUACAGUUGUUACAAGAGCAAGUACAUCACUGCCACUACAACCACCACCACCACCACCAUCAUCAUUAUCAUCAUCAUUACUAUCAUCAACAACAUCGACUCAAGAAACUGGUACAUUGGUCAUAACACCUCCGUCAAACCUUCAAAGUGUAAUAAAUGUCAAAGACCUUAAAAAAAGUAGAGAAUCAGAUUCAAAUACCAAUGUUGCCAAAAAGCAUAAAGGACUAUCAUUUUAUCAAUCGUCAUCGGAAUUGAUGUCAUCCACUCAGUUGAUAAUGGGUGAAACCUAUCAACCCAUAGAGAGGUUGGAUUGUCCAGGCAAUCAAUCAACCUUGGAAUACAAAAAUGGUAAUAUUGUUGAUCUGGAUCCGGAGUCAAUUGAUAAUUUAGAGAAAGGUGAACUUGAUCAAUAUUUACCUUACCAUUACAAUGGUAGCAAUGGCAAUAACUUGUACAAUUACAUCAACAAUGAAAAUGAGGCUGCAAGAUAUUCAACAUCGCCAUUAACACCAACACUGGCAGCAUUGUGUUCAAACAAGAGCAACAAUAUGGACCCAUCAACCGAACCAUCAGCUUCUUCACCAGUCGAUGUGAUUUACAAUUGGUCAAACCAUUACAUUUCAUCUUUACAGCAACAACAAGAGGCUAAUCAAGAUGAUUUACAGUCUGAUCAACUGAAUCGGUAUCCAGCCAACGAGGGUUCAACAGUUAAAUCUGAUGGCAACAAUAACUCCAAGAAUGUCAACAAUAAUGGCAAAUUUGCUAAAGGCUCAUUAUCAUCGCCAUCAUCUAAAAGUUAUUACAUCAAUGGAUCAAUCAACCCGUCAACAUGCAAUAGUCAAUCAUUAUCACAAAUAAUUGGAGCUGGUCUUAGGAGUGGCUCUGAUUACUCUCUACCUGUUGAUGUCAAUUCAUACAGCUCAUCAGUAAAGUCGAAUCAAGAUGGUGAUUUAAAUUAUACAUAUUUAGAGGCAAAUUACAACAACAACAAUCAUAAUGACAAUAAUAGUGAUCAUGAAAAUGGCAAUGAAAACAACCAUAAUUCAAAAGGAGCAACAGUAACGUCCAAUUAUUACCAUAAUUACGAGUCAAACAUUUUCUGGUCUUACCAAUGAAAAUAAAAGCAAAGAUAACCUAAAAAGUCUAAUGUUAAUAAUAAAGUCAAUUCUCGAUUGA